AUGGGGACCAGACACGCGGUGCUGCCGGCGCUGCUGCAGCUGGCGCGAGGCUAUUCAAAGCGAACGCGCCUUCCCAAGGCCAGCAAGGGACCCCCAUCAGAUGAGGAUGCUCUGUUGCCGAUGGUGGCGAUCGUGGGCCGUCCCAACGUGGGCAAGUCGGCGCUGUUCAACCGCCUCGUGCGCAAGAAGGAGGCUCUGGUGUACGACACACCCGGCAGCCAUGUCACCCGUGACUACAAGGAAGCUGUGGGGCAGCUGGGGGACCUGCGGUUCAGGGUGGUUGACACCUCAGGCCUCGAGCCGGAGCUGCCGGCCCAGAGCCUGCAGGCGCGCGCGGGGGCGCUCACGCUGGGCGUGCUGCGGCGCAGCGACGCGGCGCUCGUCCUGAUUGACGCCAGCUGA